GUCUCAGUGAUGCUCAGAGCUCUGGUUAGUGAGCAGUGAAUCCCUGACGAGGAAUCAGAUCAACGGUAAAAAUUACAUCACUCCACGCUGUAAAUUUGAUUAGUGUAAAGUGUGAGCGUGAAUUUUGCGUGAUUCGAUCAUUCGGCAAGCCGCACACCAAACUAAACGACAUUCCGAAUAGAAAAGAGAUGCCGGUUUAGUUAAAUAAACACGAAAUUCUCGCUAUGUACAAGAAUUCUUCGAUGCACCUGCUCGCAGCAUGCGUGCUUCUCUCACUUGCAGGGCAAGAAGUACUCGGCGCCCGUAUUCUAGGACUUUUUCCUCUCGCGAUAAAAUCUCAUCUCACCGUAACUUCGCCCCUUAUGCAUGCCCUGGCUAAAAAAGGCCACGAUGUUACGAUGUUUGUGCCGUUCAACACCGGCUUCAACGCCUCGAAUUACAGAGAGAUCUCAUGGAACGCCGUUCCGAUGACCAAUCAGAUGAACGUCCUGGACUUCGCGAGGGUAAACAUCCUGUUGAAGCCAUUCGGGUUCUAUUUCAUGGGAAUGUCGACAACGGAAGCGAUUUUGGAAACACCCGAGGCAAAAGCACUGUGGGAAUCGGAUGAAAAAUUCGAUGUAAUAGUUACGGAGCACUUUGUUAACGACGCUUUGCUCGCCUACGUUCACAAAUUCAAAUGUCCUGUCGUUCUGAUAAGCACAUUCGGAACAACCUCGACGAUAAAUUCGAUAUUCGGUAAUCCGGCACCGUGGAGUUACGUACCCAGCGAAUUUCUAUCAUUCUCCGAUAGAAUGACUUUCGCGCAAAGGCUUCAGAAUACUCUGGUGUAUAUUUACGGCGAGCUUGUCCGUAAAUUUUUCUACAUCCCACGACAGCAGGCAUUAGUAGAAAAAUACUUGUCUGGUCCCGAUGAGAAAAUUCCACCGUUGGAUGAGAUUUUGAGGAGCGCGGAUUUCAUUCUGAUAAAUUCACACCCCGCAUUUUCCACCCCACGGUCUUACAUGCCGAACAUGAAAAACGUCGCCGGAAUGCAUCUAAAACCAGCUAAAUCGCUGUCUGUGGACUUGCAACGAUACUUUGACUCCUCGAAAAACGGUGUAAUUCUCUUCAGUCUUGGAUCAGCAAUGAAGAGCGUGCAUAUACCGGAAAAGCCUCUUCGCGCACUAAAGGGAGCUUUUCAACGUCUGCCUUACGAUGUUCUUUGGAAAUGGGAAAACGAUACCAUGACCAACAAACCGACCAACGUUCGCAUAGGGAAAUGGCUACCACAGAAUGAUAUACUAACGCACCCCAAUUUGAAAUUGUUCCUGACUCACGGCGGCAUAUCGAGUAUGAUGGAAACUGUUUAUCACGGAGUGCCGAUUGUCGGUAUACCGAUACUUGGGGAUCAACAGCGAAACUUAAUCUGCGCUAGGGAAAAGGGAUUUUCCGAAAUGAUGGAAUUGAUGGAAAUGACGGAAGACGAAAUUUACGAUAAUAUUAUGAAGGUUGCGAGCGAUCCGAAGUACCGGGAAAACGUGAAGAAGGUAUCCGCCUACUGGAAGGAUGAAAUGAACAACCCUCUAGAUGAGGCUGUUCAUUGGGUGGAAUAUGUCGUUAGACAUGGCGGCGGGAAGCAUUUGAAAUCAGUUGCAACUGAGCAAAGCUUUGUUCAGUACUUCCUGCUAGACGUGGGAUUCACAAUAAUGGUAUUGCUGAUAUUGGGCUUCAUUCUAAUACGCGCAGCGUGUAGAUUGCUUGUAUGCAGACGAUCUAGUCCCAAGAAAAGCUCGAAGAAAGACCAACUCGUAACGAGGAAAGCUCAAAAAAAGACCAACUAGUACCGAGAAAAGCUCAAAAAAGUACUAGCCAGUAUCAAUGAGAGCUCAAACAAGACUAACCAGUACCAAUACAAGUUGUAAAUAACCAAGUCGUACCAAUAAAAGAUGAAAUGAAACCAACUAGUACCAACUUAAGCACGGAAAGAGAUCAACUAGGAACGAGAAAAGCUCUAAAACAAACCAACCGUUACCGAUAAAAGUGCAAAAACGAUGAACUAGUCGCAAAAACAUUCCGAAAAUACUGACUAGUUCUGGCAAAAUUGCGCAACUUGAAAAACCACGUUGCUGUUAUAACAAACUAACGACUGUAACUUCGAUUUAUUGAGACAUUAGAUUUUUUAAUACCUGUAGAUCAUACAAAAAUAAAUUAUAUUUUACUACA